AGUUGAAGCGCUACCUUGUGAUAAAUGUCUUACUUACGUUCAGACAUUGUUCUACUCAACUCUGCAUAUGUAAAAGCGUGCGAUUCUCAAUCUUGGUGCACGUUUCGUUCGAUUCAAGUCCUGUGCAGGUAUGUCUCAAGUAAAAACUUUGCCACAGAGCAAGGAAGCACUUCUAAAGUCAUACAACAAAAGAUUAAAGGAUGACAUUAAAUCAAUGGUAGAUAAUUUCACUGAAAUCGUUAAACUUGCUCGACCUACUCAUGAAGAUGACAAAGGCAAUGUUAUUCGCCCUCUUGCAACUUCUCAAGAUCAGUGUGAAAUGCAUGUUAGAGCAGCAAACAUAGUACGUGCUGCAGAAUCUCUGAUGAAGCUGAUAUCUGAUAUCAAACAGUAUCUCAUUUUAAAUGAUUUCCCAUCUGUCAAUGAAGCUAUCUCUCAGAAAACAAAGGUGUGCCGUGCUCUUCAAGAAAAUAUAGAUUCUAAAUUGGCUGCAUUACGAGAUGAUAUGGCUGCUGAGUUGUAUGAUCUUGAAGAAGAAUAUUAUUCAUCAGUAUUCAAGUUAAAACCUAUGUUUUCUGAAGAAAAUGUGUUAAAUCAAUAAGAAUAUAAUUUUUAUUACAUCGAAAUGUUAAAUGCUGCUGAUAUGCAGUUUAUUGCAGAUUCUCAAAUGUGAUAAAGUCAUUAAGUGCUGUGUACAGUUUUCAACUUUCAUGGUAACACUGGAAGACUUAAAAUUCCCCCUCCCCAAUAUGUCUCUGUACAAAUAAAAAAGUCCUAUUAAUUUCAUCUAAAUAAAAUUUCAACUAUUUUGGAAGAA